AUGGCUCCCCGGGAAGCAUCCCAUGGCUCCCAGGACAUAAUUAUCGAUCAGGUAUGUCAACUGAUCAGUCAUCACAAGCUGGUCAAUUCCUGGGUGGAAUGUGUCGGUUUCACGCGGCGGAAACUCCUCGUAAAUUCCGACAAACGAGAGCGGUUCGAACCCCUCGUUGCCCGCCUCCCGUUGCCAGGACGAGGCUUAUAUCCCGUGUCCGCUCUUCGAGGACUGCAUUUCCUGUGCUGUUCUGUCCGGGUGAACUUGCUCCUUGCGCUGGCAGCCAUGAGACUCAUACUGAUAGCGCUUUUCCUGAUGGUCGCCGUCGGCGCAGUCUUGGCCCUCCCCGAGCCAUUUCCUGUGGCUGACCCCGCCGCCGCCGCUCUGGCCGACCCCGCGCCCGCAGCCGACCCCGGGCCCGAGGCUGACCCUGACCCGCGACGCCGUGGCCGCGGUCGUAGAGGCAGGUUCGGGGGACGUGGUUUUGGCUUCGGAGGCCACGGUGGCCACGGAAGGCUUGGAGGCGGAGGCUUUGGAGGUCACCACGGUGGCCACGGAGGCUUUGGAGGCCACGGAGGCUUUGGAGGCUUGGGAGGCCAUAGGCCCCACGCCCAUCUCAUCCCUCACGGCAACCACUUUGACCUACUCAUCCACUAGCUCUCCUCCUUGACGAAAGGCAACGGAACCUCUGCCUGAAACACCAGUGCACAGUGUUCGUGGCCGCGCAUCAGCUACAGCAAGUAGCCAUCAUUCAUGUUUUUCUCUGGGAGAAACCUUUAUGAACUUUAUUCCGCAUUUGUGGUUUCCUUUCUUGGGAAAUCGUUAGCCAUUGCUAAAGGCAAUGGUCUUUCUCUAUUGAGAAUUCAAUUCCUAAUCUAUUGGAACAAAAUGUUAUGAUAUUGCAUGUGGAGUUUGCAUUCCGAAUUAUUUUGGUGAUGCAUUUCCACCAAGUACCAUCAGAUUGUAUCCUUUCAUCGAAAAACGUAAGAAUCGUUGGAACCUGCAAACGUACAGCAAAUAAAUUGCACAUUAUG